CAGAUUUUCCUUUCCAAAAUGACUUUCCAAGCUCUCGUUUUGUGUCUGGCUUGUGCUGGCGUUGGAAAGGCGAGUGUGGUUCCACAGGCAGAACACCGAAACGUGAAGGUGGGCGACAACGUGACUCUCAGCUGUGCCCUGAAAGAACACAAGGAUGUUCUUCAAGUGACAUGGCAAAAGGACUCUGAAAACUCACGCCAUAAUAUAGCAACGUACAGUACCAUAAAAGGACUAAAGAUUCACGAGCCCUAUCAGGACCGAAUGAAUUUCACAAGUUUGGUACUCAAUGAGACAAGCAUCACUUUCUGGGACACUAGAAUGGAUGAUUCAGGGUGUUACCUGUGUCUCUUCAAUGCUUUCCCUUUCGGCUCCUCCUCGGGACGUACCUGCCUGAGCGUCUUCGGUCUCAAUGCAUCUGUCCAUUACAACAUUUCUGAAGGUCAUUUGAUAGCCACCUGUAAAGCUGUUGGCCUCCCAGAGCCCACCAUCACCUGGAACAACUUGUUCAAUACUACUCCUACACAGGAGAUAGUCAGGCACACCAAUGGGAUGGUGUCCAUCACCAGUAAACUGGAGAUCUACAACACUCAGAGCAUCGGUGACUUGACCUGCAGAGUAAGCAACACGAAUGAAAAAAUGGAAUUGCCUGUGAGAAUGAAAGGAGAAGUGGUAUCCUCAUUGCUUUGGCUGGCGAUUAUUGUGGGCAUUUUAAUUGUCAUCAUCGUUCUGAUUCUGAUCGUGCUGUGCUGGAGGAGGAGGAUAUGCAGGAGGUGUUGA